AUGUCCAUCAACAUGACUGCCAAUGCAUACACAGGUGACUGGGAGACCUUUGAGGUUCCACUAUCAGCCAAGGAGGCUUCAAACAUAUCAGCCGUAAACACGCAUAUCGUUGGCACAAUGACGAACGGCUCUGAUUUGGGUCUGAUGCCUCUGUUUAAUAUUGUUCAGCAUGUACGGGGGGAGAUGGAGGUUUUUGGGAACUGCAUUGAGAAGCUGUAUGAGGCUGUGAACAUGCUCUCGUGA